AUGAGGCACAGUACCAGUAAUGAAGGCCCUGCUUCGGGGCAGAUCGUUAGUUUCCCCACCGAUGCUUCACUGAACGACUCUUUGAGCUCCUUGGGAUCGUUCAUGUCGUUUGAAGACGAAUCGGAGCAAUUCUCUGUUGAGAUCCAGGUCGAGUUUGAGGUGGAUAUGCAAGCAAUUCCUAGACUAGGGCCCAUCAAGAAGCGAUCCAGACCUCGAUCUUAUGGCCACCGGAUCCCCACCACCCCCGUCUCCAUGGGCGGAAGCCCGCUCUCUCGAACUCAUUCUUCUCCUGACCUGGCAGAAGGAGCAAGUCCCAGAGUAGCUCUUCCGUCCAGAUGGAGGAGCAAGAGUUGUGAAUCCAGUCCUGCCGCUCCGCAACGAUCCUCACGAAGACUCAUGGGUGGUAACGGCAGAGCUCGCCCCACCAUUGCCACUGGCAAGGAUGCGACGAGCGACAGUCUUGAUUGUGGCAGCGCUCACAGCGCCACCAGCCUAAAGCUCAAGAGUCUCUUGCAACAGCAGCAACUUGCUUCCUCACGGUGGGCUCCCGAUGAAUCGCACGGCGGCGGCAACAACCAGAACAACAACAGUAGCAUCAGUGGAAGGUGGCAAGAUUCGGUUGCCACCUGUAAUGAAAGCGUGUCUCGUUGGAGUACUUCGUUUACAUCCUCGCAAAUGGAUCAACUCUCCACGAAACCACGAUUUCCACGCCGCAAGACUAGCGGGCUCAUUGUGGGAGGAACCAUGGUGAAUACAGACAACGUCAAGGCAGCCGCUGGCAAGAACACAGAGUGGCAGAGCAACAACGGCAGUCAAAACAUGUUUCACAACAGCAGUGGGGGUAGUCAAUGGGAUUUGACAGAUACCACAGCCACAGAGACGGCUUCCUUUGCCACUGGACGGGCGACAACGGGGUCGUCCGCCAUUGAAGACUUUUCCACGGAGAGUGCUGGCUCUAGAUCCACAAAUAAGGUUGAGGUGGACUUUGGCAGCUUUGUGCCCAGCACCCCCGAAACCCCGUCUGCUGCUGUCCCCAGGACCACCAGACCCAGGCCUCAACUGCCAAACCGUCAAAAGAGUUUCCGAAGGGGCAUGAGUAUGGCAUUGGUCGCCAAGGCGGCUUUUGUCAACAGACGAGCCAAGUUUGUCAAGCAAAGGAGUGAACCUUCACUACCGGAUCGACAAGCGAGUGAUUUGACAUUGACAUCCAGGGCGUCAUCCUGUAUAUCCGAGGACGACACGACUGCUUCCGGUUCCGACCAGAAGAAGUCUAGCUAUCGAAGGCAGCGGUCCAUGCCCUUGCCAUACGCUAGGAUCUCGACGAAAUCUGAGGAGAAACCAGUUGUCAAGACAAGCGCUCCUGCACCCACUUUGGUGCAAACGUAUGGGCUAGCAGACCUUCGAAAGCAAAAGAGUCUCUCCUGCCUUUCCAUCGAUGUCCCUCAUCUUCCCGAACGACAGGUUAGCGAAACGUCGACAUUGCUGGGCGACUCAAGUCGUGACAGAGGCACCAACACUGGGGCCCUCCAAAAGCAAAAGUCACUGUCGCAUCUUGCACUGACUUUACCGCGGCGGCUACCCAGCGAAGCAUCACUCAGGUCUCUGAACCCCGGCGAAAGUGACAGCCCUGAAGAAGCAUCCGACAGCAGCUCUUACGAGGGCCUAUUGGACUGUUCCACCAGAGUAGUUCUUGCUGGUCCACCUUCACCACCCAAAAGACAAGUCAGCCGAGAGUUUAGCGGCCACAGCAAAAGUAGUAGCCAUUCGAAGACAACAACAACUCGUCUUACAAAUAUGAAUAGUACUCCCAAGGUGCCGCAGGUUCUGGACGAUACACCAAUCGUCAUAACGGCAGAAAACCGGCGCCUGUCUUUGACCAAGCAAUGGAGCGAGCCAAAUGCUUUGUCGCUCAAGAAGCUCAUGUUGGAGACUCGGGAGCCGCCAGCAUCGGAUUGUCGGUCUCUGGAUUCUCUGCUCUUGCUCGAACGACCGAAUAAACGACAGGCGUUACUGGCAUCAUGGGGACAAGGGGACCCACAUGACGCCUCAACACCCGACUUGAUUGCGGAGUGCGGGCGACUAUUCCUGCCACUGGCGCAACAUCGGUUGCCCCCAGAACGGUCUUGCUCUUGUUCUGGAGGUUCAGCCUAG